AUGGUAGAUACAAAAGAGUCGGAGUCGUACCUGGUAUCCCCCAUUCUGCCCACCCUUGCAAGCUCUCAAGAUGAUACGGGCCUCAAUACUAUGGCUCGUACCGAUAUACGAUACAGAAUCAGUCUUAUGGCAGCGUUUGCUAUUCCGAUUUUUCUGGAGACAUUGGAUUAUACAGUCGUGGCUACUGCUCAACCCGAAAUAGCUUAUUUCAUCAUCUUGAGCUUCAAAGGUAUCUUCGUCCAGGCACACUGGUUCACUUACAUUGGCGCUUCCUAUCUGCUUGGAUCAACUGCAUUUAUCCUCCCAUUUGGCGCAUUAGCUGAUAUCUAUGGCCGCCAUACAUCUGUGCAAAUAUCACUUGUUUUCUUCAUCCUGGGUAGCGCCAUCAGCACGGGGGCGCAAAAUAUAGGGAUGAUGCUUGCUGGGCGGGGUAUCGCCGGUGUAGGUGCAGGUGGAAUGACCUCUGUCAUCCGCAUCAUAUUGGCAGACUCUCGAUCCGUGGACCAGAACAGCUGGCAAAUCAUGAUGCUUACAAUCCUCUACACCAUUGGAUAUUGUGUAGGCCCCGUAAUUGGUGGAGCACUGACCACUGUCUCGUUCCGCUGGAUCUUUGCGAUAAACUUACCCUCGUGCACGCUCGGUGCCGUCCUCAUCUUCCUUCUCUUGCGUAAUAAGACAAAGAAAGGGCAGGCAUCUGCCUACCCCGCUCUCAACGAAGGCAGGGAAACUGGGGUCGAUAAGUGCCUACGGAUCGAUUGGAUUGGCAUCAUCCUCUUCGCCGGGGGCGGCAUCCUUCUUUUACUUGCCCUGAACUGGGGCUCGACGGACAGAUGGGAUGAUGCGAAGGUCAUCGUUUCCUUCGUCGUCGGUGCUGUCUUGUUUGUAGCGACCUUAUUUUGGGAGUAUGUGCUCGCUAUGGUCCAACGCACCACCACUCCUCCGGCACUGCGCAUCCUUCGGGCGAGUCAACUGCUGCCGCUUGAUCUCUUUCGUUCCUAUACUGUCUGGGCCAUCACGCUCUGUUCCUUCGCGCAAGGAAUGGUCACGAUGGUUAUAUUCUACUUCGUGGCCAUCUUCGCGGUCAUCGUCAGUGGCUUGACGUCGACUAAUGCAGGCCUCCAAUUGAUAUACUUUGCUCCGGGGCUGGGAUGCGGAACUUUCUUAUCGACGGUGACGACGAAGUUUACUCGCCAGCCGAGGCUUUCCAUUAAUUUAGGCGGUGCGAUUACCUGCAUCGGUCUUGGGCUCGUGUCCAUGGGAGUCGACCAGAAUAAGCAAACCCUGGUUAAUAGUUUCAUGGUCCUGACUGGGAUUGGCGCCGGUAUGGUGACCGCGUCAUCUGGUGUACAGAUCCGGUUCUCGGAACCCCCGGAAAAGCAAGCGAUUGUCACUUCCCUCACCAUGUUCAUGCGGGCGUUCGGAGGUACAGUGGGAUUGGCGCAGUGCGGCGCAGUCAUGAACUCCAAGGUCUCAUCGUACAUCGGAUCCAUUGUCCGCUCGGGCGUCCUUUCCGCCAGCGACCAAGCACUCUUAGGGACAGGUGCAUGGCGCGCGGAUGCAAGCCUAUCCUCCCUACAGGCAAUCAAUGGGCUUCCCAGUAAUCUCCAAGCUAUCGUCCGGGCGGCGUUUACGAGCGGACUCCGGUGGAGCUUUAUAUCCCUCAUCCCGUGGUGUGCUGUAUCAGCGCUGUCGACGCUACCCCUUCCUCGUAUCCAGGAUCCCGGGCCUGAUGCUCGCAGUCAAGAGACGUUAACAACGGUCAAAGAGAGCGACGGGUUAGCCAUGGACGACGUAAGCAUGAAGCCUGGAACGUCUGUCUCAGGCGUUAGAAAUCAAGCCCCGGAGUCAGCGUGA